AGCCAUUGGGUAGAGCACGGCGUUGUCUCCACCCUUUCAACCACAAAGGGGAAUAGCUACAUGAAUACAAGCGCUUGCGCCUUGCUACCCAAAAGCGUAGCAGAUGUUGGUUACAGAGAGCCCCUCUCCAGCACCGCAGGUCAAUGGACGUGUUUCAGUGCCUGCUGCUCACCCUCCUCCUCCUCCACCAAGCGACGUGCUCCAGUGACGGGGAAGAGAUGAUCAGGGCUGUGGGCAUGUCCGUCACCUUCUCCCUCCCGAACCUGCAUGAAGGACCUGUAGCCUGGAGCUUUCAGAAUGAAAUCAUACUGAUCAUUAAACUCGGCAAUCCUCCUGAAGUCUCGUAUUUUGAUGGCAACUACAAGACGCGCUUGGCUUUCCCCAAUAACGGCAACGCCUUCACCAUCUUCCAGCUGAGGACGAAUGACUCCGGUACCUACACCGCACAGAUCAAAACCCGAAAAAUCACCUUCACCCUACACGUGUACAGGCAACUGACGGUGCCGACGGUGACCUGCGUGGGGCAGAACUGCUCGGCCGACAGCUGCCACUACACCCUGCACUGCACCAUGCCGGGCUCCAGCUCCGGCAACAUCUCCUACAGCUGGAGCCAGGGGGGUUUGCCGUGGAACGAGGGGCCCACAGUGCUGGUGGAGGAGCCACGCCUGGCCAAGCUGCCGCCGCUCACAUGCAUGGCGCGAAAUCCUGUCAGCAGCAGCAACGCCACUGUCAUCUCGCCCGCUGUCCUCUGCGCAGAAAACACAACCCACCCUCCCACCGUCGGCACCUACUCCAGCAGCUUUCUUGGAAUCAUUAUGGGACUGGGGCUUGGCGCUCUCGUGCUUUCAGCACUCAUUCUCGUCGUGAUCUACUAUAAACACAAAGGCAGGAGGAUCUGCCAUUUGACUGCAGCUGAGGCUACAGACACAGAGGCUGGAGCAGAAUACACGACUGUCUAUGCCCAAGUCGGCCCUUCCCAGCAGAUGCACCUGCAGAGUUCCUCUCGGGCGCAGCAAGAGAGCCCGAAGCAGAUGCCGACCCCCGAUUUGGAGGCCAGCAAAACCAUCUAUUUGACUGUCAAGGCUACGGGCCAGACGGAUGAUGAGAAGAUGAGCAACGGCAUGCAGAGGUGAUGGGAGCGGGAUGAGAAGAGCCUCUGCUCGUCAGCCAGCAAGCCAGACCCUGCAGCACAGCCCAGGAAUGGAUCCGGUGCAUCCACGAGCCUGCUCUGAGCACGGUGCUCCCCUCUGCCCGGCCCCGGCCUGUCGGGCUGCAGCAAUUCGCUUCCCUUCCCACUGCUGCUGCUUCCGAUUAACCUGUUGGCAGAGGUCCCCAGCCAUCCACGUGAGGAUGUAAGUGCCCCCUAAGCGCAGGCUCGUCUGGCGCGGGAGCUCUGCCCCUGUUUUGGCAUCCACAUGGAGUUUGGGCUCCUUUUCCCACACCUUCGCGACCGGACCCAGGAACACGGAGCAAAACUGUGGCUGCAAACCCACAGAACUGUGGUGCAAGGACAUGAACGGAUGCUCCUGGGAUUCACCCUGCAGCACCUCUUGGUGCAGAGCCUCAGGACGAGAGGAUGGGAAAACCUCUUAAAUCCUUUAAAAAUUUGUUUUCUUUUUCUAUUCUUUAAAAGCACAGAAGUACUCAGCAAAUACUUUGGCUGCUUCAUUUGUUAGCUAACCCAAGAGAAACCAAACGCUUUGUGGUAGAAAGCUGAAUAAGGAAACACAUGUGCCUUUGACCAGGUGCACACACCCAGGCUGCUGUGGUUUCCGUACCAGCUGCUUCCCCAGCGCUUGCUGCUCCUGGGCCUGCCGGGGACCUUCCAAACCUCACAGUACCCCGGUACUGUGCUCAGCACCGCUUUGUGCCGCCAGCGAGCUGCUUGCCGUCCUCCGAGAUGCUGCGGGGCUGUGCCGGGGUCCAGGGACAGGACGUGGGCCAGGCUUGGAAGAAAACAGGACAAGGAAUGGGGUUGGCGCCAUUCUGCUCCACUCCUUUGAUCUGUUUGUCUAUGUGAGAUUUUAUUCUUGGAUUAAACACUUGUAUGAGAAGUGCUGUGUUUCCGGAGUUAGGCGGCCUCCUGGCAGAGCUUUAGGGCGGGGAGCAGCUCUCCGAGCGAUGCAGGGAUGCUGCAUGGCUGCAUCCCAGCGGGACGCGUGUCCUGCAGCAGGGUCUGCGUGGGUUCACCCCGAGCUGGGACUUACAGGGACCUGGGUGCCCAGCGAGCAGGGCGCAGGGCGCGUCCCCACCCUCCCCCUCCCCAAACCCACCCGGAGCUGGCAACUGAGCAAAACAUGCACGUUGGCAUCAAUUUUCCGGUGCCAAUGGACAGACAGAUGCCGCCCGCGCUGGGAAGCCUCUUCCUGUGCGUGCCGCUUCCCCCUGCUCUUUGUCUUGUCUGUGUGGAGAGUAAAUUAUUCAGGGAUGAAGACGGAGAUUUCUUUGAAGUGCCUGGCACAGGAGAGCCCUCUAGGAGCUGCUGGAAUAAAAAUGCAAGACUCAUCUGAGCUCAAUUUCUGCCUGCAUAUUAUUUUAGGUGAAAACAGUCCAUUAUGGACGAGCCUGUGGAGUAAUUUGUUUGUUCUUUGCAUUUUCACAGUGUGUGACAAGC